AGGUGCUUCCCUGCAACAUUGUGCCAAUGAAAUACAAAAGUUGUAUACGCUUUUCAAAGCUGUGGAUGCUGUACAAAUUGAAAUAAAUCCUUUGGCUGAAAUCGAUACCGGCGAAGUUAUUUCAGUUGAUGCCAAACUAAAUUUCGAUGAUAAUGCAGCUUUUCGUCAAAAAGAAAUUUUUGCUAUGGACAUAACAGAGGAGGAAUCCGAUCCACGUGAAGUCGAAGCAGCUAAACAUAAUUUAAAUUAUGUAGCAAUGGAUGGUAAUAUUGGUUGUCUUGUUAAUGGCGCUGGCUUAGCUAUGGCUACAAUGGAUAUUAUUAAACUUAAUGGUGGUGAACCAGCUAAUUUCCUUGAUGUUGGCGGUGGUGUAAAAGAAGAUCAAGUGAUGAAAGCCUUCCAAAUACUAACAUCAGAUCCAAAAGUUAAGGGUAUAUUAGUUAACGUUUUUGGUGGCAUUGUAAAUUGUGCUACUAUUGCUAAUGGAGUUGUGGCCGCAUCAAAAACGCUUAAUUUAAAUGUACCACUGGUGGUGCGUCUGGAAGGCACAAAUGUAGAUGAAGCACGAAAAAUACUUAAAAAUUCUGGUCUUGCCAUACAAACUGCUAAAGACUUAGAUGAUGCAGCACAGAAAGCUGUUUCUGCAUUAAAUUAAAUUCUAAAUGCUGUCAAACUGCCCAAAUUCCAAAUUGUUCAAUAGGAAAUGACUAACAUUUACAUUAUUAUAGACAUAUGAGACCCAUAUAAGAUCGUCCUUGUUCUAAUUUUAAAGAAAAAAAAUUUUAUUUGAUUUUA